CCCCACUAAAGAAACAGUCGACACCUUCACGAUCACCGCCACCAACUCACUGGCUUCUUUUGAGUCACAAAGUUUCAAAAAGACGGACCGAAAGACUCGAGGCUCCAAAAUCCAAACACCAGAGACGUUGGCGGAUCUCGGUGGCGAUGACUACCCCAACGAACCUCGCUGAGGACCGCCACCACCAUCUUCCGUACCCUCCGCUCGCCGGCAGCCGGCACCGUCAUUACAUUGGCCGGCCCAUCUCGGCCCCCUCCUCCGCCGCCUCCUUCAGGGGCUGCUGCUGUUGUCUAUUCCUCCUGCUCAUCUUCGUCGCCCUCCUCGCCGUCGCCGUCGCCCUCGUAGUCGUCCUCGUCCUCAAGCCCAAGAAGCCCCAGUUCGACCUCCAGCAGGUGGCCGUACAGUACCUCCUCGUCGCCCCCACCACCUCCUCCGCUUCACCCACCGUCUCCGCCCUUGGCGGGGCCGCCGUCCGAGGGGCACAGCCGACGGCGGCGUACCUGUCGCUCAACAUCACGCUGCUGUUCCUUGCGGACAACCCGAACAAGGUGGGGAUCCGGUACGAUGCGGCGGCGCUGGACGUGAUGUACCGUGGGGUGCCGCUGGGGGUGGCAACGGUGCCGGGGUUCGAACAGCCGGCCCAGAGCCGUCGCUUGGUCCAGACCCGCGUCGUCGUCGACCGCUUCAACGUCAUGCAGUCUGAUGCCCUCGACCUCGUCCGCGACGCCGCCCUCAACGAUCGCGUCGACCUCCGCCUCACCGGCGACGUCGCCGCCAAGAUCCUCGUCCUCGGCCUUUCCUCCCCCAGGGUUCAGGUUUCGGUGGAUUGUGCGAUCGAGAUCAGCCCUAGGAAGCAGUCGCUCACUUACAAGCGGUGUGGAGUCGACGGAUUAAAUUUCUGAACCGAAAAAAAUUUUAAGAGAAAAGUCUUAUUUUCCUUUUUUUCCCCCCCUUUUCUUUGCAUUUUGAUGGAAGUCGUAGUUUUUCUGAUCGAGUUGGCUUCGGGGCAAAGCAAAGUAGGCAUGCCGUCAUUGCCAGGGAGGUGCCCAGAUGUCCAUUUUUCACUCUCCUCCCAUUACAUGAGCCUUUUGUUUUGUUGGGUCCUCUUGUGCUGGGAGAGGAGGCAGGCAGGACAUGAGUACAGCUCUUCCUAACCUUGGUUUGUUUGAUGGAUUCUGGGUGAAAUGUUCUUAUUGAUGACUGUGAGCAAGUAAAAAAGAUGAGGAUGGUAUCCAACCUACUUACCUACUGUUCUUGGCCACUUAUUUUUGUUAAGAUCUGGUAUCAGGUUGCCCGUUUUCUAGUCCACAACAUGGAACUUCAGCAACUCCACUUUUUUACUCUCGGCCUUAGCUACAUGACUAUCUCAAACAUGUGCAGUGCUCCGUUGCUCCUCCUUGAUAGGAUCGCAUUCAACAUGGGCCUUUGUCAGACACAGUUGACAACUACAUUUGCUGCUUCAUCAAGUUACCAAAUUUUAUUUUAGGCAUUGUGCGAUUGCAUCAGCUGUUAUUUCAGGAUGUUGGUUGCAAGAUUUUAUCAUGUACCUUUUGCUCUAGCAUUAUAAUUAUAUUAUUGUAGGUUGGUGUUUCAACAAGGAAAUAAGAGACAUCAUAUUCCAUCU